CGACUUAAGACUCUACGACCGCUACGACUUCUAUUGUAGACCUCGCAUAAGUUUUAAGCUAUAAGAAAUGGACAAAUCGUAGUCAGUUAUUUUUCUCGCAGCCAAUUAUAAAUCGUAGUCAAUUAUUUUCUACUGUAAGGCCGGAUUUAUAAUAGAUUUUUAAGCCUUAAAUCAUAAGAAAUGAACAAAUCACAACCGAUUAUUCUUUUCGCAUUGUAGUUUGUCAAUUUCUUACGGAUUGAGGCUUAAAACAUCUAUUGUAGACUAAGGGUGCGAUUACAUGUAGCGCGGUACACACGGUAUGCGGUACAAAAACUAACUAGAUAACUAUAGGAACCGCGCAAACCAUGCCGCUUGCUUCUUUUCUCCUCUAUUACAUGUAUUGGGUCAUCUAAAAAGUCCGCGGUACUUUGUCACUAGAUAUAUGACCAUCAACACACAUCUAGUGACAAAAAACCGCGGAUACUUUUUAGAUGACCCAAUAUUUAACAUAUAGAGGCCUAGAUAAUAGAGAUGCGACAUAAAGGGAUAUGAUCUAAUUGGCUGUCUGAAUCACGUGAUCAGAGCGCCAUUUUAAUUCACUAUUGCAUCUAAUGCAUCAAGAUAUUGCGUACGGGGAGUAUUCUAUGAAAACUUCGAAGCAUUUUUGGAUUGGUCAAUUAGUAAAAUUCUUUCUUCUUGAUCAAUCAAAAGCUUUAAAGCAUUAGCAGCACUAGAAUCCUAGGCCUGUAUUCAGAACGCGCUUUUAUCUUUAAAAUUCUAUAGUAUGCGUAACAUAAAUUAUAGCAUGUUAUCGCGCUAACAUUAAGCGCGUUCUAAAUAUGGGCCUAGAGCCUUAAUGGAAAGUGCUCUCGUCUGCACUCGCUUGCCCUUGUCUUCGCUCUCACCCUCACCCAUAACUCGCGAAGUCGAAAUAAUCCAAGUCAUUAAAUAUUGUUAUCACUUAUCAGUAUUGUAUUGCCUAGUGUUGUCGUUUAUCAGGCGUUUGCCGUCCUUAGCUUGAUGGCUUUCUUCCUCAGAACGAAUGAUCGCUGAGUGACGAAACUAGUUCGUUCCGAAAUAGAAGACAAAUUACGUACGAUCACUACGAUCACGUAUGGGUACACGGUGAACGAUCAGAGCGACUCGUCCACUUGUCAUGUCGAACAUAAAUUGUUACGAGUCUAUCAAUAUGCGAUGGAAGACGCAGCUUUCUCGACAGUUGUUACACCGUCGUUAACCACAUCAUCCAUAAGAAAUCAUUGGAAGCCCUGAUCUGUCAAGAUAAACAAGGAUCGACAAAUACUCUACUGUCAUAGUUGAAAUUUUACACUAUAAUUUUACCUAACGUCAUGGACGGUACCUGCCUUCAUCAAGUCAUCACAGCACCCAUAAAAAAUUUCCUGCAACUGCAACGAAUCAAAGAGAUAAAGUGGAUGAAUCCGAGAGCAUGCAUAAAUGAGGCAUAUACUCCUACAUCAAUCGAACAUAUGGCAAAUGUGGCAACUCACGGAAUAUGGGUUGUACCUUCGAUAAUUGGCGGUAUCGAGCUUAUACACCGUUCAUCAACAUGGGCUCAGUUUGUUUCAGCUUGCGUAUACGGCACUUCCUUGAUUCUUGUCUUUGCAGUAUCGACUUUCUUCCACAGUGUGCACUAUUGCAAUCAUAACAGACAAUUAAAAGAUGCGUUGCAUCGUUGCGAUCGUGCUAUGAUUUACAUCUUCAUAGCAGCCAGUUACUUUCCAUGGUUAAAUAUAGAACACUUCUCAGACGAUGAACUUUUGUUCGCGAUGCGAUAUGUCGUUUGGAUCAUGGCUGUAAUGGGUAUCCUCUAUCAGCAGAUCUUUCACGAGAGAUACAAGAUGCUCGAAACUAUUUUCUAUGUGGUUAUGGGUAUUGGACCUAGCGUCGCGAUUCUUAAUGUUUAUAAUUAUUACAAUAUUACGGAAUUGAAACUGGGUGGGCUGAUGUAUGUUCUUGGCUUAGUAUUUUUCAAAUCGGAUGGUCGUAUACCUUGCGCGCACGCAAUUUGGCAUCUUUUCGUAGCUGCGGCGGCUGGAUUUCAUUAUUACGCGAUUCUGAACCAUGUAUUUCCUGAAACAGACUCGACGAAUAUUCUUGGACCAUCUGCCGGUAGCAUGCCACAAUUAUCUAAUAUACUAAAGCCUCAUAUAGAAUUGUAAGAGUGGUAUACUGUUUUCUACACUGUUUCUUCCAAAUGUUAAAUAUUCUAAAAUGUAACAGUUUUAUAAAGGGUAAAUAUUUUACGGUA